AUGCUGUGCUGGAGCCUGUGGCAGCUGUGGGCCUUCCCUGCACAGCCUGAGGUACAGGUGAAGGAGCAGGAGCCAGGAGAUCUCCAGGCAAGAGCUGAGGGAGCAGAGCAAAUCCCUUUUGUGGUCCAGACUGGGACCAGGGUGACGAGGGUUUCCCCAAGGUGGUCAGCACCUUGGCCAGUAAAGCAGGAGGAGCCGGUCCAACGCCAGGAGAUCCAGGGGCAGGAGGUGAUGCAGGCCAUGCGGCCCCCGCCUGAGACCAAGAUUCCCUUAGAGACCCCACAGCUGGGGUACGACCUCCCCACCCCAGAGACCUGGCGCCAGCGUUUCCGGGGCUUCUGCUACAUGGAAACCAUGGGGCCGCAGGAGGUUUGCAGCCGCCUGUGGGAGUUCGCCCUGCGCUGGCUGGACCCGCAGCGCCGCAGCAAGGAGCAGAUGCUGGAGCUGGUGGUGCUGGAGCAGUUGCUGGCCAUCCUGCCCCGGGAGAUGCAGAGCUGGCAGUGGGGGCAUGGUGUGGAGACCUGCGCUGAGGCCGUGACCCUGGCUGAGGGGUUUAAGCUGGGGCAGGAGGAGGAGGAGAAGCUGCAGGUCAUAGUGAGUGUAAAAGUCCAUCAGUGCUCAGAGUGUGGAAAGAGGUUCACCCAGUUCUUCAGCCUGGCCCGGCACCAGUUUAUACAC